UCUUCUUCUUCUUUAUAUAAAAUAAAAUAAAAUAAAAUAGAUAGAUAGAUAGAUAGGUAUAGAAUUAUGAAGGCUCCUACUACUCCAAAAAGAUUCCGUAUCAAAUCGCCAUGUUCGACUGCUAAUAUCGGCCCAGGCUUUGAUGUCUUGGGUAUCUCUCUCUCGCUUUACCUUGUGUUGGACGUCGAGGUCAUGACAGCAGGAAAGACAUUCGAGAUGACUUAUUCGGGCGAAGGCGCCAAGGAUGUUCCACUUACUCCAGAGCAAAACUUGAUCACCAAGGCCGCUCUUUAUGUGCUUUCGGCGAAUGGCAUCUCCAAUCUCCCUCCAUUCCUCAAGAUUCACGUCCACAACCCUAUCCCACUCGGAAGAGGCCUCGGUUCAUCCGGAGCAGCCGUCGUGUCCGGUGUCCUGCUCGGAAACGCGCUCGGUGAACUCAAGCUGUCUCAGGAACGCUUGCUGGACUACUGUCUGAUGAUCGAACGCCAUCCGGACAACGUUGCGGCUGCUCUGGUUGGCGGAUUUGUGGCCUCGUACCUGUCAGAAUUGAGCCCAGAGGUCCUCAAGGGUGUCCCGACCUCUGAGUCUCUGCUGGAAAGCGUACCCUCACCAAACUUGCCCCAGCCCCCACAUGGAAUCGGUCACUAUGUUCGUCUUGGAUGGGCCAAGGAAAUCAAGGCCGUUGCAAUCGUGCCCCAGUUCAAGCUGGCCACCGCAAAGGCCAGAUCGGUUCUUCCAGACCAGUACAGCCGUCAUGAUGUUAUUUUUAACUUUCAACGUCUGGCUGUCUUGACCACUGCUCUUGGCCAAUCUCCCCCUAGCCCUGGUUUGAUUUUCAAUGCCAUGCAGGACAAGAUCCAUCAACCCUACCGCAAGACUUUGAUUCCUGGCCUUCCUGAAAUCCUUUCUACCAUUACACCCGAAAAGUAUGAUGGUUUGCUUGGUAUCUGCCUGUCGGGUGCUGGACCUACCAUUCUGGCCUUGGCUACAAAGAACUUUGAUGAGAUCGCAAAGGCCGCCCAGGAAGUAUUUAAGCAGCAUGGUGUAAAGGAGAGUUUCUACAAGGUCUUGGAUGUAGUUGAAGACGGAUCAACCUGUGUGUACCUUUAGGUUUAGUUAUUUAUUUAUUUAUUUGAUACUUUAAAAAAUUAUUAUAGACUAUGUUAUAUUUUGAUAGAUAGUCAAAGAGAAGAGAAACGAUUAUUAUAAUAUUAAUAAAAGAAAUCCUUUGACAUUCACUCU